AUGAAUGAAUCUUCAUGCACCAACCUGGCCAAGUGCUUGUUGAUGUUUACAGGAGUUUGCUACCUGAUUUCUGCUGGUGGCUUGUCCUAUGUUGGCAUUUGGGCUUUCAGUACUUAUGAUCACUUUGAUGAAAUUGCUGAUGCCACAAUCACUCUGUUCCCGGCCAGUAUCAUUCUUGGUGUCAGUGCUUUCAUGUGCAUCAUUGGAAUCCUGGCCUUUGUUGCAGCAUUUAGGAGCAACAAGAUAUUGCUGUCUGUGUUUUUCUGUCUGAUUUUACUGGUCUUUGUUGGAGAAGUUGUGGCCAGCAUUUUGGGAUUAGUGUACAGAAAUCAAGUGGAAGAUGUUCUGGAGGAUGAUCUGAUAAACGCUGUCAACAAGUACAACCUGACUGCCUACAAAGAGCAGAUGGACUUUCUGCAGCAGAAGUUUGCAUGCUGUGGUGUGCACAGGGCCUCGGACUGGGAGAACUCUGAAUAUUGGAAAAUGAAUCACACAGACACUGUCCCUACUUCAUGCUGCAAUGUUACCUUUGUCACCUGUAAUGCUACAUUGAAUUCAGACACCAUAUAUCAAGAGGGUUGCUUGGAUAAACUCAACAGUGAAUUUAGCCAGAACCUCAUUUACUUGACUGGCACUGCCAUCUUCCUUGUGGUUGUACAGUUCCUGGCUCUGCUCAGCACAUGCAUCUUAGUGUGCAGAACAAGAGAGGAACAGCAGUACCAGUCCCUGAUUGAAGACAUCGGAGGACACUUGACAAUUUAG